AUGAAGAAGGCGAGGGCGGCUCCCGCAGAGGCGGCUCUUCCUCAUCACCCGUACCCGGUGAUUAGUGAGGACGACAGGGCGUGGUUCAAGCUCCAGCAUCUGAAGCAGGACUACGAAGACCUUCAGAAGGUUUAAAUCCCCGGAUCCUUCUGUUUCUUCUGUUUCUUUUCAUCAUCCUGUUGUCACUUUCAUUUCACUCUGAUUUCUGACCAAAACUUGAAGCAUAUGAAGGAUUCUUCUGCUUCCCUUGCCGCAUCUUUCUCGUUCCGGUGUGGAGAUUCGAUUCGAGGCUGUUUUCUUCAAUUUUGGGGAUCUUCUUUUUUUUCCUGCAUUUUUUUCUUUCUAUCCAUUGACGUAUCGAAACAAUUGCACUCUUUAGUUUUUCCCCUCUCCUGGAAAUAUAGUAAGAUGCAGAUCUGUGCUUUCCCUCUCUGCGAUGUCAUUGUUCUACUCAGGCUAGGGUUUCCGAACUUGCCUUUUAUUGUUCUCUGCCGUAUCAAUCUUUGAUCCUCGGUUCUCCGUAUUCCUCUCGUAAUUUCCUUCCAGGAGGCGAGGGAUCCUUUCCCGGUAAUCGUUCAGAAAAGAAUAUGAACCGUAAAUCAUAAUUUUCUUAUCCAGGACGCCGCAGUAAAGAGGAGGAGAUUGACGAUGGCUAGGCAGAGAGCUCGGAAACUCAACGACGAAGUCAGGUAAAUUUCGUCGACGAUCCUUUCUAUCCCAUGUUUACCAUAUGCCCUGAUGUUUGAUAACCUGACUCAGUUUUUCUUCACUUUUGGUCAGAUUCUUGCGUAGAAGAUAUAAAUUCCUAAUCCAGAACGCAUCUCCCAUCCCUUACAAGCUAAAAACUCGUCCGCAGAAGACCUCCAAUGCGCUGAAACUCAGGGAGCGGAGAUCCCCAAUCAGAGUCGACGCUGUUGGUCGGGACGAUGGAAGCCACACAGCGGAGGAGGCUACUCUUCCGAAAACCUCUGGAAUUCUAGACCUGAACCAGAUCUCAUUACCAGUAAUCACCUCGCACCACCCGCGCUCGGAGAUUUCUGACAACAUUCAUUCAUCAUUUUGAGGGAGAUCUGAGGGGCGACGCACCUUCUUGUUCGCAGGAAGGGGAGGAGGCAGAAUUUCAAUCCCCAUCGGAAGCUCCGCCUAUGGAGUCAUCAAGAAGGUACCUGCCGGAAGGAGAUGCGGUUCCAAGCGGAGGUUCCAGGCCUCCUCUCGCGGAGUCGUCGUCGAGAAGACGUACUCCGGAGGGGGACCUCCCCGGAGGACUCCUCAAGUCCCCGAUCUGCAGAGACGCCGGCGGCGGCGGCGGCAGCAGCCGGAGAGGGAAGAGGAAGGUCUCGUGGCAGGAUCAGGUGGCGCUGAAGGUCUGA